CUGCUUUAUUAUCAAAGGGGACACAGGAGAGUCACACACUUGCUUAAGUCAGAGUGCUCAAAUUUGCUUCCAUCCACUAAUUAAAAACCGUAAUUGAAUGUCUGGCAGUAAAGCCCAGUGUGGGUUCGUCUGUGGUGAGUCUCCUUACUGGAGGAGCAUAAACAACAAAAGCCAGCCCUGCAGUUGUACAGACCACAUAGCGGCACUGGGAGCAGCUGGUGGGCUGUCUCCUGUCAUUUUAGCGCACACUGAUUUUGAGGAAAGAUUUAAUAGGACAUUGGUCAUCGUACCCUCUUCUGAGGACAUAAAGGAGACGGAGUACACUGAGCAAAGAGGGAGGGGAGCCGAGGGGAGAGGACACGGGAAGAGAGAGAGAGAGAGAGGGCGAAAGGAAGGCUGCAUGUGAGGGCGGCUGUGGCUCAGAAAUAAAGUCUGGCAACUAUCUGGAGCAGCAUGACUCUUCUAACACUUGGAUUGUGUCUGCCACUGUGGUUCUGCUACGGCCUGGCCCAGUCCUCCUUUAUGGAUGACUUUAUUUCAGUCUCAGCAGCCCUCAGGUCCCAACAGGAGCAGAAGAGAUUCAACCCCUGCUGUUUGCUGAGUCCACCUCCACCCCCACUUUUUCCUCCACCCCCUUCACUUUGGCGCCGCUACACUCAUAAUGGAGAGCUUUAUAACAAUGGUGCUGAAUCCAACCCAGGCAAAGACAACGAAGGUUCUGCCUGUGUCAAAGGGCCUCCAGGGCCAGUUGGUCCUCCUGGACCUCAGGGUCCUCCUGGAUUACCUGGAAUAGCAGGAGCUAAGGGUGAAAAGGGAGAAAUUGGACGACCCGGGCAAAAGGGUCGGACAGGUCCUCAAGGACUUCCUGGAAAGCAGGGACCAGAUGGAUGGCCUGGACCAACUGGGCCCAAAGGUGACAAAGGUGACCCGGGACUGAUGGGUUUGCCUGGAGCCAGAGGACCAAUUGGGCCAAGGGGUUUAACAGGGUAUAAAGGGGAAAAGGGUUCUCGAGGUGAUCAUGGUGACAACGGCAUGAAAGGUGACAAGGGUGCCAUGGGUUUCCCAGGAAUGCUUGGACAAAAGGGUGAAAUGGGUCCAAAAGGAGAACCUGGAAUCUCAGGGAACAGAGGGCCGACUGGUCGACCAGGAAAAAGAGGCAAACAGGGAGUUAAAGGGGACCCUGGCACUCUCGGCCCUAUGGGACCUGCGGGCCCACAGGGGCCUCAGGGCCAUCCUGGCCCCCCAGGGUUACCUGCCACAGGUGUUUACAUGGUUGGAACAAAAGGCGCACGUGGUCCACCAGGGCCUCCUGGGAAGUGUGGCUGCAGCUCCAUCGGUGGCCCUCCCUUUGAUGAUUUUUCUUCCAAAGAAAACUAUCCCAAAGUUCCAGUGAUAUUCGUGGUGAGCAAUGAGGAAGAACUGGAGAACCUUAACAUUGAUAAUGCUCUUGCAUUCCGCAAAGACCAGCGAUCCCUCUAUUUUAAAGACAUUGAUGGCUGGCUGCCAAUCCAGACUUUUCCAUUCCAGCUGACACCGUUCCAGUCCAUGGAAAAUGCUCCUGAAGAUGAAGGCUACUGUGGUGACGGCAUUGUCCAGAUUUCUAGAGGGGAGGAGUGUGAUGACACGAACAGGGUCGUCACCGACGGCUGUGUCAAGUGUAAACAUGCUUACUGUGGAGAUGGAUAUCGCUACGAGGGGGCAGAGGAGUGUGAUGGAAAAGACUUUGGAUACCAAACAUGUAAUUCAUAUCUUCCAGGGUCGUAUGGUCACCUCAAGUGCACACCCUACUGCGUCAUAGACUCUACAAACUGUAAGUACUUCACAUGAGGAUGGAGUUGGAUAGUGCAGUCACAUCCUCUGUGUUGUGGGCUUCACACACAACGGGAUUAAUACCAUGCAAAAACGAAGAAAAGGAGCGAGUUAUGAACGAGGGACUCUGAUCGGAGCUAAAACUGGUGUUACUAUUACAAAACAAAACUCACAUUAUACAACUUCUCUGUACUGCUGCUGAGAUGCCACAAAAGUCCUUGGAGUUAUCGAUCAAUUUAACCACAAACACGUGGUUAAAGAAACUGCACAGGACAACUGCAGUCUGUCUUAAAAAUCAGGACGGGCGUCCUCACACACCUGAUUGGUCCAGCCUCAGCCUCUGGAUUCUCCUGUUUUAUAACAGUAGUGCUAAUACUUCAUUAAGUGCCAGCUGAAGGAGCAGCGCAGCAGCUGGGCUCAAGU